CGAUAGACACGCUGGCUUUCAGUUUUACAGACACCACUGUGCUCACCACGGCAAAGAUGGAGUUUGCCUGCAGUCAUGUCGUAUGUAAUUGGAGGUGUGACGAAGCAGAUAUUUCUCCUAUUCAGAAUGAAUAUGACAACACAGUGGCUUUUAAACAGAAAGGUCCAGCUCCUCCACCGCUGCCUCCUCGCCGCGUCAAAAAACCUCAUCCUAUCUCCCUCCCUCUCCCCUCUGCUCCCGCCUUUCAGCCUCCGCUCAUUCCUCGCUCGCUCCCGCCUCCUGUCCCACCCAGAACUGACAAGCUCGAAGGAGAGAGCAGGUUGAAAGCCAACAUCAACGUCGUCUCCCUCAGUGUUGGGAAACUGGUCAACAUCAGCCAAGCCUCAGGCAUGGAGAAUUUUCAGAGCCCAGUGGUUUGUGGGAAAUGUAGUGCUGCCUUGUCAUGUCUGAGUUCUCUACAGAGGAAUGUGUGGGUGUGUGAGUUUUGCGGAUGUGAGAACAGUGUAAGCGACGGCCUGCAGAGAGUGUGUAUCGGUCAGCGCGCAGGUGUGCGCAGUGACGACCUUUACCUGCCGAGCCAGAGCGACGACGACUACCAGAACCUGGAGGACACGCUGGUGGUGUUCUGUGUGGACAUAUCUGGCAGCAUGAGCGUCACUACAGAGGUCACAUCAAGCAGCGGAUUUCCAGCACAUAUAUCCAGACUAGAGGGUAUCCAGGACGCCCUCCAGAGAGCGCUGACGUCCAUGCUGCAGCAGUCCCCCCGCAGGAGAGUGGCACUGGUGACAUUCGGUGAUGAGGUUGUAAUAUAUGGUGACGGUACUAGCACUCCUCUCACUCUCAGGGACUGGGCCUUGGUCGACUACGACCAUAUAUGGCAACAGGGUGCGGCUUACAGCAUCCCACACUGUAUUGCGGAGACCUUUCAGCAACUGAUAAAGAGAGUCCGAGAGCUCAGGGAACACGGGGCUACGUGUCUCGGUCCUGCAGCGUUAGCCUCGGUUGCUAUAGCGUCAAGAUACCCUGGGUCAAAGGUGAUUUUGUGCACUGAUGGCAAAGCCAACAUUGGACUGGGUGAGAUGGAGCAAACAGCAUCUCUGUCCUCGUCUCCCCUCACGCCGUAUUUCUACAGACAGCUGGCUCUUCAGGCGGUGGGGAGUGGAGUCAUAAUAUCAAUAAUGAGCUUUGAAGGGACGGACUGUCGCUUGGCUGACGUUGGGAGACUCGCAGACACUACAGGGGGAAGGGUGAACAUCGUGAACAUCGGUACCAUUGCUAGAGAGAUGCAGGCAGCCUCCAUGGACAACGUCCUAGCAACAAGUGUCACGGCAACGCUGCUUGCCUCUGAUGGAAUGUUUUUUCCCUAUGAGGAUGAAAACAAUCACAAACUGGUGAGAGAGAUAGGGAAUGUGACCAAGGGGCUGGAGAUCACCUUCGAGUUUGCUGUCAAACCAGAGUUUAUGCAGGUUUUCCUCCAGAAAGACACACUCCCAUUCCAACUCCAGCUGAGCUUCAAGACCAGAGACCAACAGAGAGUCACUCGCAUCAUCACUGAACAGCGACCGGUCACCUCCUCCAGCCGGAUUUGGGCCGGUAGUUUCAACAUGUCGGUGCUCGGCGUCCACUGCGCUCAGCUCUGUGCCAGUUUAACCAUGGAGGGUCGAGUGCAGGAAGCGCAGAAGCAACUAAAAGCACAGCAACACCUGCUCGAACAAAUCAGUCAGCACAGGCCAAUUCAAAAGCAAGAGUCUAUCUAUGGCAACUGGAUGGACACCAUGACAACAAUCUGUGACAUCACCACAGAGUCUCAGACUCUCUCUGACGAAGCAGCUCAGGUGGUGUACGAGAUGAGGAGAGCCAGCAGUGUCGGCAACUUCAGCAGCAACACAACCGAAGCCCAGAAGAAGCCUGCGAGGAAGAAGAAGAAGGCCCUCAUGGAAGGAAUGUAAAGAAGUCAGUACUGUAAACUCAGACGAUCUGAAGUACAGUGGUGACGAACACGGUGCGAGGCGGAAGAGGAUCAUUUGUUAUGGAUAACUAUAACUUAAAGGUUAACAUGUGAUUCUAAACCUUGAGGGUCUGACUCAUUUUCCUCAGUGUGAAGUUGGAAAACAGGAAAUAAUAUAAAAUAAGUAUUUUCCCAUCAAUAGGAGUUGCAUUAGAAGUCAACAAGGAAGUGGUGGCCAAAGACUGAAAACAACACAAGCAUAAAUAAAUAAUAUAUCCAACCUGGGCUGGAGAGGAAUUAAAUUUCCCUCAUGUGUCACACUCUUUGACUAUAUCGUAGCAGAGAAAUUCAGCCAAACAAAUCUGUAUUAUAUUUAUUUGGAUUUCUGUUUUAUAGGAAAUAUAAUUAAUGAAAAGGAACAGUACUACUUGUUUCGUCUCAA